AUGACAAAGCAAAUAUUUAGUAAGAUGCUCUGCGGAUAGAUAAGGCAAGUCGCAACCUGUCGGGUCUAAAUAUACUAUUAUCGUAUCAGUUGUAAACACCGAGCGUAUUAUAAAAAGGAGCAUUCGAAUUGAGCGUUCAUCAGUUACAGCUGAACAUUCAACGAGAUUAGACAAGUUGAGACAACCAAACAUGUUGUCCACAAUCAUACUCGCCGUAGCCAUCGUGGUACUAACGCUUACGUACCUCAGAGGCAAAUACAAUGAAAACUACUGGAAGAAAAGAGGAAUAGUUUUCUACAAUAGGAAUAAAACCCUUGGCCCUCUGUGGGAGUACAUGACUGGAGAAAGACCAUUGUUCCAAGUGUUCAACGAACUGUAUUGGAGAUAUGAAAAGGAACCUGUUGUUGGAUUGGGCUCGCUCGACUCGCCCGGACUUUAUGUAAAGGAUCCAACCAAUAUUCAGUUCAUCACACAAACUGACUUCCAGAACUUUAGCCACAGAGGAGUUACAGUUUUAGAAGAAGAUUACCUGGCCAAUAAUGUUCUGUUUUUACACGGUCAGAAAUGGAAAGUAAUCAGACAGAAGUUGACACCGAUUUUCACAACAGCAAAGCUGAAAAACAUGUUCUACAUUAUUGACAAAAGCGCCCAGGACUUCAUAGAACAUUUGAAGCAAAACCCAGAAAAACUAAAAGGUGACACAUACGAACAUUUAAGUCAUUUCUGUACCGCUGCUCUCGCGGCCGCUGUAUUUGGAAUCACGACAAAAUCCACGUUUGAUUCUCCGUUCCGUGUAAUGGCAAAACAAGCAUUAACUCCUACAUUAUUUUCAAACAUUAGGUUCGCAAUAAAUAACGUCAGUGAUAAAGUCUUUAGAGCAUUGAGACUAAAAUUCUUCAAAGAACAAGAGGGCUUCUUUAUUGGAGCUAUUAAAGAGGUACUCAAACAACGCAGAUUAGAUACUACUGCCCGACACGACUUCAUAGAUUUGUGUAUUGAUCUUCAAAAGAAUGGUCCAAUGGUGGAUAGCGAUACUGGAUACACAUUGGAACCUACAGACGAGCUACUGGCGGCUCAAGCGUUCUUCUUCUUCUUAGCUGGCAUUGACCCCACUACUGCUGGAGCAUUUGGACCUUUGUAUGAAUUGGGUAAACACCCAGAAAUCCAGAAGAAGGUACAAGAUGAGGUAGAUGCUGUCUUCGAGAAAUACGGCGGCAAGCUGACGUAUGAUGCAGUACUGGAACUGAAGUACACCGACUGUGUAUUCAAUGAGGGUCUUCGUUUGCAUCCUCCAAUUGGCUUCAACACGCGGCAGUGUGUGCAAGACUCCGUUCUGCCUGUCGGCAAUGUGCCUGUUGAGAAAGGUACGAAGAUAUUCAUACCUACAUAUGAGUUGCACCACGAUCCUAAAUAUUUCCCGGAACCUGAGAGGUUCGACCCUGAUCGCUUUGCUAGAGGAGAGGUGAGUGAUACAAUAUAUAUGCCGUUUGGUAUUGGCAAAAGAUUGUGCAUUGGUGUACGAUAUGCUCGUAUGCAAAUCCUGACUGCUUUCGCUCAUCUCCUAAGAAACUAUACACUGGUUACGCACAUUAAAAAAGGCGGUGUACAGUAUAGAAAGGAGCAAUUCCAAGUGCGGCUCGAUAACUGUGAUAUCGAGUUGGUGCCCAGGGAACAGUGAUGGAAAAACGAAUGUAGCUAGUAUAAUGGACUUGAAGAUAGGUUACUUAUGUUGUGAAAUUGUGAAGUGUUUUUUACGUGAAUAGCAAAACAAUUUUAAAUAAUUGGUAGUAAUACAUGUACUAAUGUACAUAUUUGUUUAAUUAUUCAUACACUAAAAAAAUUACAGUAAGUGUUUGUAAGCUGUUGUUUAUAUUGUUUAUAUUUUGUGUAUCUAUAAAAAGCCGCAAUACGGUCUUAUGAUUUGUUUAUAAUAUAUAUAGCUAUGAAUGAAUGAAAUGAAUAAAAUGUGAUUGUAUUUAAAA